GUAUUAUGAUGAAAAACGACACAAAGAAGCAAAGGGAAUUCUUUGCCAAGAAAAGGAUAGAGAAUAAACUUCAAACUUUGGGAUUAGGCCUACCCACUUCCACCAAACAAGAGAGCACUGGAAGUAUGGAUCUGGUCUCAUUAUUUAUUGUAAACCAGAUUGCAACAAAGAAAACAAAAUCAAGUCAGCCUAAAGUCACACACUUCAGGGAGCGGAAAGGACUGAACAGAGCCAGGCCAGGCGAGCUCCUAGUGUUACCUAUGAGUCCAUGCUCACCCUCCCGCCUGCCUCUCGCCGAGGCUCAGCCCGUGCACAGCAGCACACCAUUUGAAAGAGAGAGGACUUUCAUUAAGAAGAGAAAAGCACAUUUUCCUCUGUUUAAGCAGCCUGAGCUGUCCCCCGUGCUGGAGUCGAACCUGUCAGACGUCAGUGCGCCCGACUACCAGCAUCACGUGCACGACUCUUUCAGCCCCUACUCAGUGGCCUCGCCGCUGAGCGUCAGCUCUACGGGGCUCUUCCCCUCCCAUCAGCCUUCUAGGACACACACACACACAUCACCUCACCCCUGGGACAUCACACAGCCAGAGAGAAGCCAGCUUAACCCCUACUUCCACCCCAGCGGGGAGAGAGAGCGAGAUAGCGUGCGGUGGACAGGAAAUGGACAGGUAGCGACUCCAGGACACACACACACCACCACCACCACCACCACUAUGCCAGUUACCAGGGUCCAGUUUGGAGGCAUAGAUACCAUCACCAUAGAGAGCAGAGGGCACGACACACACACAGGCAACUUUCCUCUCGGCGCCGCAGACAGGAGUGCGCCCCAGGAGCCUUUCUUCAGGGAUUUCUGCCGUGACGAGUACAGCAACCGAGCUCCUUAUGGUAAUGAGGUGAUGAAGAUCCAUCUCCCUGAGGAAACCACCAUCUCUACAAUGACACAGGAGGCCUCUGAGACGUUCAUGUCCUCUGCAGUGGACCUGGGCGGCAUUGUAGAGUCACAGCACAGAGGGGCUGAGCAGGAUCUCGUGUCAAACAUGUUCCCACAUGCAGACAGCAGACAAGGCAGUGGAUAUGAGCAUGUAUCAGUAAGGAGUGAGUCGCCCAGCUAUUCCCCUAGAGAGGGCUACGACGGCAGUGACUCUAGUGGGGAAGAGGACGAUUGCUGUUGCCAGCACAACAGCCACGAUGCUUUGGAAGCAUCAUGCAUCAGGAAGUGUGUUGAGGAGGACGCACCCUUCCUGAACUCUCACGGCACAAUCACCCAGCGUGGCCUGUCUGAUGCUCAACAGCACGGCCAAAAAGCAGACAAAGUCAGAAUGGCACACAAGCCCGGCCGCCCAGUUCCUUGUCACGCUGCAAAGGAUCAUGGGAGGUGGGGGGGCUGUGGCGAGGACCAGAAUGUUCCGGCUGCGGCUCCGCCAGGUAACACUCACCACCAAUCGGACGGCAGGGCGGCUAAGCCCCCCGCAGCACCUCCGCAACCCGCACCUCAAACCCACGAGGUGGGCACCCAGACAUCGCCCAUUCCGCGCCCCACCCUCACCGAUGCCUCCACUCAGUGGUGCCCUCCACAGGACGUCAGAAGCACUGCAGCCGAGACGGAGCACCAGCGCUAUCCCAAGACCCCAUCUCAUGUGCCUGCAGUUCCGCCUCGCUUCACCAGGGGCCAGUAUGAGCACAAGAAUGAGCUCCUCAAGAAAGCGUCUCAGAACUGGCUGGGCUCCGCCACGACUCCGGCAGAGUCACACACACAACACACUCGCACACACACUCCCACUCCCACUACUCGAGAGCAGAGCACGCCCUGGCAGGCACGAGGGGGAGCUCACACACACACUCCGACUCCACCGACUCCAGCUCCGGCUCCGGAGCGCAAUAGGUUUGGACCGGCGCCAGCCGGUGCUCCUCUGCACAGCUGGGCCCAGCGGCACCGGUCCACCAGGCAUGCGUGCGCGCUGGCGCUGGCGGUGGAUGUGGACCAGCCCCCGACGCCCGUGCUGGGAGCCCGAGCCCGAGCGCUCCUCCAGCGCAGCAGCAGCGCAGAGGGUAAAAAUAACCUCCGUGGCGCGCCCUUACAGGUGAGAAGAGAGCAGUCGUCAGCGCUCUGUGCUGGAGAGGAGGACAGACAGGAGGGUGACGGGCGGCAAAGGGUGGCGGAACAGAGAGCGGAACAAGAGCGCCGUGAAAACCUCCCGCUCUCCGAGGCGCCGACAAGAGCAGGAGAGAGGGAUAGAGAAGAAGCGGCGGAGGAGGAGGAGGAGAGAGGUGUGAAGAGCGUCUCAGAGGAGGCUCAGACACUUCAGGAAAUCGCAGACAUUCUGCUGAUGAUGAAACGCAGAAAAAAGUGAGAUGGGAACCGCAGCGACGGGGGAGGAAAAAAACACACUGUAGCACAGACAAGGGCAGAAAUGUGUGUGUGUGGUGUACAAUUGAGACUUUAAGAAAUAGAGACACAUUUUCAGGCAUGCACACAUACAAACACACACACAAACACACAAAGAGAAACGGAGACAUAAAAACCCCAAUAAAUCCAAGUUCCAAGACACGUUUGAUAUUUUUUUUAUUUAUUUUUUUUUUUCCUGAUACAGAUUCAAGUUUUAAAAUUGUCAUUAAUAUAUUUACUUUAGUUUCAUAGAAUAUAAAUUUCUAGCAAAACAUUUACAGCGACACUAUUCAAAUGUACUGUACAGCACUGGAGGCGAAUGGAUCCAUCACAAGUUUUGAAUGUACAGUAGAAACACUGCAUUUUAAACUGUGUAUACUGGAAAACAAAAAUGUGUUUAUCGCUGACAAACAACAUGGAUGUUCUCCCUUUCUGAAAAUGAAAACACAA